AAUAAUUUUCCAGGCAGCAAAAUGUUGAAUUUUUUCCUCUACGCAGCUUGCUUUUGAAUUAUUAUUGCAGUGUUUUUCAGUUUUCUUUUCAUAGUCCAUAGUUAACACUUGUUCUGUGCUAGAAGUGUGAAGUGCAAUCCAGGAAAAAAAAUCAAAAACAUUCAGUUUAUUGCCACUUUUAAAAUUUUCGAGUCCAGACAAGUAGCUAGACAGAUCUAAACAGAUCCUCUGAAAAGGCUACACCAUCACAAGUGAACUCCAAGAAAUAAAAGCAUAAAAUUUCAAACUGUGAAUAGUGCGGCUUGGAAAAAAUUGUGGAUCUUUUUGUAUUGUACUUGGGCGGCGUGAAAUACCUACUUAUCCAGCUAGCAGAAAGCGGAUUUAACGUUCACUCAGUGCAGUGAAAGUUCUAUGUUUUGGCAUCACAAGUGUAACAAAACAACGAGACUGUGGCGCAGCUUAAGGCCAUGCCAGUAAUCGCUCCGAGCCUGUGACUUUCUACAACAGCUGUGGGUUAUUUGUGCCCGUACGGAUGUGGGUGGCUGCCAUCGGCUAGCGGAAUAGUAUGGUCCAGCUUGGCAUUAACUGAAGCAAUCGUGGUACCGCAAGAUAGGCGUGUGUUCCGAGCGGCAGCAAACAUAGCCUGUUAGCAAGAAUGCGUAUCAUUCUAUUCAUAGCAAUCGGUCUGGCAUUAUCGGCCGCCGAAUUGGAAGCCUCUCUAGCCGAACCAAGUGGAUUAGUGUGUGAAACGUACGACUGUAAGGAUGGCGAAUGUUCGAUUGGAAUCGAAUCCUGCGAGGAAGGCGACGCGGAUAAACCUGUUGGAUGUUUUGUGGUUUGGAGCACCAACAACGUUACGAAUGAGGUAAAGGUGACAAUGAAAGGAUGUUUUCUGAACCCAACCGAUUGCAACAACACCGAGUGCGUUGAUACGUCGUUAGGUACCAAAAAUAACUUAAACUACUGCUGCUGUCGGGCGAACAUGUGCAACCGUGAGCACAAGUGGGUCCCGGUGGUCACCAAGCCCCCGGAUGUAAUUCACCAAGCCGCUAAUGACUCAAAUAUCUUCUUUAACAUUGCAACGGUCGUGUCAAUUAUUUUACUCGUUGUUUUUAUUGGUAUCGGACUAUUUUAUCGUCAUCACAAGCAAUCGAUGUUUAACGAAGUACCGACGACUGAGCCAGAAAUUACAAGCUCUUCUCCAAAUAUAGCAUUGAGACCAAUUCAGAUGAUUGAAAUCAAGGCGCGUGGUCGAUUUGGAGUAGUUUGGAAGGCGCAGUUGAUGUCACAGGAGGUUGCCGUGAAAAUUUUUCAAACACAAGAGAAGCAAUCCUGGAUUACUGAACAAGAAAUUUUCAGAUUGCCACGCAUGAACCAUCCCAACAUACUUCAAUUCAUUGGAUGUGAAAAACGGGUUUCACCAAUGAGUACAGAUUUUUGGUUGAUCACGGCUUAUUGUCAACAUGGGUCAUUGUGCGACUAUCUCAAAUCACAUACUGUUACCUGGCAGGAGCUACGUAUCAUUGCCGAAAGUAUGUCCCGUGGACUGAUGCAUUUGCACGAGGAGAUUCAAGGCAGUAAAACCGAGGGAUUGAAACCGUCGAUUGCACAUCGCGAUUUUAAGAGUAAAAAUGUAUUGCUAAAGGACGACUUGACAGCAUGCAUCGCCGAUUUCGGACUGGCGCUUAUUUUUACACCAGGAAAACCUUGUGGAGAUACUCACGGACAGGUUGGAACACGUCGCUAUAUGGCUCCAGAAAUUCUAGAAGGGGCCAUCAACUUUACACGCGAUGCAUUUUUGCGGAUUGAUGUUUACGCUUGCGGCUUGGUACUGUGGGAAUUAGUUUCACGCUGCACAGCGCAUGGUGGUGCAGUUGAGGAAUAUCGGCUGCCGUUUGAGGCGGAGCUUGGCUCACAUCCUACUUUGGAGGAAAUGCAAGAGAAUGUGGUAACAAAAAAGCUACGUCCGCGCAUCUGCGACCAUUGGCGAAACCACAAUGGUCUUAACGCGCUGUGUGACACAAUGGAGGAAUGCUGGGAUCACGACGCUGAAGCGCGACUUUCUUCUUCAUGCGUAAUGGAGCGCAUUUCUCAUCACGGUCGUUACCAGCCGACCACGCCGCUGCUCAUAGAAACCAAUACUACCAACGACCUGCCGCCGAAGGUCGUUUCCGAAAGUGUGUAAGGAAGCACUCUUACCCUUUUACAAACGACGUGCUCCCUUUUUUCUCAGGGGAGCCAGAUAUAGCGCUGGAAAUAUGUAAGACGAUAUGAUUAUUACUAUUUAUUGGUACAUACUUAUUACUGAGCUUGUGCUCCAGUACUCGGUACUUGUACAACAGCGAUGAGUUUAUCCAUUUGUUUAGUAAAAAAGAGAUACAAGCCUUCUUCCUUAGAUCGAUGAAAAUACGAUAACGUAGAUCAAAAAUAUUGCGACUGAGUAUAGACGAAUCCACGGAGAAGUACAUAACGAACUUGUCGCUCAGGGAUGCUAUUUUAGGAUUAAAUGUUACAAUUCAAACUGGAGUAAUUGUAAUAUUGUUUGUUUGAACUUGUUUUUUUAUUAACUGACUUUCAUCUGACUUAAAAAAUAAUCUUUUGAUAUGCAGAAAUUUUCUUUCUGAUUGAGGCCUUUGCAAUCGCAAGCGAUUGAUAAUAUAGUUUGGACUGAUGUGAAGGUAUAUCCUGUAAGGACUAAAAAAAUAACAUAUUUAUAAUUUCAAAGAGAUUGUCGAAUCAGCAGUAACAUUUAUUGUUUAAAUAUGCAAUUACUUGAGGAAAAAAACGUAAAACAUUUAUUGGGCAUAACUCGGCAAUUGCGGAUCUAUUUGCCGCAUCAUUCACAAAACAAACCAGUGUGUAAGGUAGGUUUUAAAAAACCGCAAAGCGUCUGCAGGUUGCGUAAUAAGGUAUAUUUUUAUAAGAACUUUCCUCCAAUAUAGUAGUUAUAUGCCAUGAUUAGGUUAUAAUAAAUAUCUUAA